AUGGACAUCCAGCAACGGGGGCGCUCCCCCUCGGCUGGCCAGCAUGCUCAUAAAGACCACUCCCCCUCGCCCACCUCACACCCGCCAUUCCAGCACCAGCCCAACGCCGUCUUGGGCUUCGACGCCAUCCAGGGCCCUUCCUCCUACGCCGUCACAAGCGCGGGGUUGAGCAACCCACAGUUCCUCACUGCAAGUCAGGGCCAGUCCUUCGGCCAGCAAACCGCCUUUUCCGACUCAAGCUACCUGCAGGCCUCGCAGAGCCUCUCGCAAAACAACACGCCGCAUUUUGGCCCCCAAGGCAACAAUAACAACAUCUCGCCUGACCCCCUCGAUCUAGCUGCCCCAAACAACGCCGACUUCAACAACUUCUUCCAGACAAACGACCUUGGGCAAAACCAGCCCUUGUCUUCGUACCUUGGCCAGACGCUUGAUCCCCACAUACUCGACACGCAGUCGCAACAGAACCAGUCCGUCAACCCGUCAGAUCUCAUGCAUCAGAUGGCAGCCGCACCUCACAACGCGCCGACACCACCCCACCUUCUUCCCAACAUGAACAACCACCAGGGCUCAAGUCCGCACGCUUCGCCCAACAUGGCUCACGGCGCAUUCCGGUCCCCAGGUCACUCGCGACACACGUCGCUUGACCCUAGUGCGGCUUACGGACAAAGUUCAGAAUGGGGUCAAAUGGCGAGUGCAAGCUUCGGAGGACCCAGGUCCAGAGGAGGCAGUGACGCUGGCUAUUCAGACGUCGCAUCCUCGGCGCACAACUCGCCGUACUUGCACCAGCAUGAUAGCUUCGACAAUGACCAGCCAUCACCUCUCCUUCACGCGCAACACGACCCGCAGCUAUUCCAGGACCCCGUGCCUGGGUUUGACCGAUUCAACUUGAACAACAGCAAUGCGCACAUCAGCGCCUCAAACACCCCCAACAUCUCACCUCGCCUGUUGCCCCAGAAUCAGCAGGCUCUGCCACAGUUCCAGCCUGAUACAUUUGGCCUCAACCAGAGCAUGAACCCCUAUGCGCCUCAAGGUGUGAAUGGCUUCUCUAACCAGAACUCGGAGCCAUUUCCAUCGCUGAACCAGCCUAUGCCUGAAUUUGGCCACGCAGAUGCAAUGUCACCACCAGAAAUCAACAUUGACUUCGCACCGCCCUCGCGACAAGCAAGCUUCGAGCCACCAAAGACCGAACCCCAGUUGGAUGCAUUGAGCCCGCCCGACCGAUCACGCAGUCGAAACAGGUCUCGUGCCAAAUCUGACCCUUUUAGCAGUGUCAGCUCGCGCGCUUCUACUCCUGGCUCGGGCGUCCAUCGGUCACUUUCUCCCAAUGCUGCAAAGUCUCGUUCCCCCUCACCCUCUGGAAAAUCGUCCCGCCGAUCGUCCACAUCCAGCAUGCCUAAUCGCGACUACAUCCUAGACCUCGCAGACCCCACGCGGCCCGCGCCUGCCGACGGGUCAAACCCAAAGCGUACGCAAAAGCACCCAGCGACCUUUCAGUGCACUCUGUGCCCAAAGCGCUUCACACGAGCGUACAAUCUCCGAUCGCAUCUACGCACACAUACAGACGAGCGCCCUUUCGUUUGCAGUGUUUGUGGCAAGGCGUUUGCACGCCAACAUGACCGAAAGAGACAUGAGGGUCUCCACUCUGGAGAGAAGAAGUUUGUGUGCCGUGGUAACCUCAAGGACGGCAACAGCUGGGGCUGCGGCAGGCGCUUCGCCCGCGCAGACGCUCUCGGUCGGCACUUCCGGUCCGAAGCAGGUCGUGUUUGUAUUCGACCUUUGCUGGAAGAAGAAGCACGUGAGAAGGGUGAAUGGAACGGCCAGAAUCAGCAGAUGAACAAUGGCAAUGGCAUGUUUGCAUCGAUGCCUGCUCAGAACUUCAACAGUAUGAUGCCUGGACAGCCUGGCUUUGAGCCGUUCGCCCAGGCUGGUAGCAUGCAGGCGCCACAGCCAUUCUUGCCUGCCGCUCUUCUGGCGCAGUACCCUGCGCUUGCAGGUAUUCAGUGGGAUCAGCUUCCUGCUGGGCCGCCUGAUGAAGAUGGUGACAUUAGCGGGCGCAGCAGCUUCGAUGCUUCGAGUGGAGGAGAAUAUUUCGAGGAAGAAAACGACUAUCAGCAGAGUAACCAACAGCCCAUGUAUGCCGGUAACAACAAUGGGUGGGUGAGCGACUCUUAUGACGGCCGAUGA